GAUACGGGGAGCGGAUCGGAUCGGAUCAGACCGGCCAUAAACUUUCGCUUGCUGUCGAAGACUCCACCAAAACCCUCCUCCUCCGCAAAACCCUCGUCACGCGCUCCGCCGUCGCCGCCAUCGCCGCCACGCCACCGCCGCCAUCGCCGCCACCGCGGCCGCUAAUGUUGCUUGUCGGACCCGUUCCUGCCGGCUGAUCUGGUCGGCGUCGCCACCAAACUCAAGUCGCGCGGCCGAGCCCGCCGCCGUCGGAGGGAGCGGGGACGCGAGCUGCUGCGCCGCAGGAAAGGCAGGGCGGAAGUGGGGUGCGCGCGCGCUGCCGUCGGAGAGAUCGGCGGUGAGCUGCUGGGAGAGACAGGCGGGGAAGUGGGUGCGCGCGCCGCCGUACACCCUGCCUGUGCUGGUUGGUGCCCGUUGGGAGAAGGCGAACAGGUUUCGUUCCAUCUUUCAGGUAUGUCUGUCUACAAGGUAGAGGAGAUCAGUUAUGGUGGGCACAUAAAACAAAUUAUAUGCCAUGAUAAGAAUGGCUCCUCCUCUCUCUUGGCGAUUGUUAACUAUAUCAUCCUCACUCGGACCACGAAGAUCAAGCCAGAUAUCAACGGUUUUGUUUCUGAGGAAUACCUGUCCAGGCUUGUUAGAAUUGUAUUGGACCUUGAACUCAGUAGGAAAUGCAAAGGAAAUUCUCAUUUGAUUGCUAAUGCUGCAUAAGAAGGGCCUGUGCUGGAAUGGGAAAUGGAAGGCAGAGCAUAUGAAAGUGAGGAAUGAUAUCAAAGAUUUUGUUAUCACAGAAGUGCCAAAUGAUACAACCUCCAAGGAAGGGAUGCAAGCUGACUUCAGAAACUUCUUUGAGAUUAUUUUCCCAUAUUACGAGCAUGAAGAGAUCGAUUCAGCUUCUGGUGAAAAGAAGAAAGUUCUCCCCUGUUACUUUCUACAAUUUCAGCAUAAUUGUAUGGAAGUCCCUGAAGUUCAUGAGCGUGAGAAGCUGGAGAAGUUUCAAAGGUUUUUGGGCUGUCAUCCAGCUUUCAUGUCUCCAGCAGCUCUUUCUACUUUGAUAUGCCAUCUGUACAGAGAUUGUGAUUCACUGCGCAAACCGCAAGACACUGUGUAUGAGCCAUUACAAGUCUCGGAAACUCUUCUGAUAGAAUGGAGAGGUGUGAGACACUUUGGCAUACCAUUUUCAAAUGUCUAUUGGCAUUUCUUUGUGGAUGUUUAUGAGUUAGGCUACUGGUUUCUGCUGAAAUAUCUGAGAAACUUUAUUGAGCAUGCCCAUAGGUACACAAAGGACCAAGGGACUGUCCUGGACAUAGUUACUACUGCUUUGAUGAUUGGGGAAUACCUUUCAAAAUUUGUGCCACAAUUGAUUUUGUUUAUAGUGAGAAAUUGUGAUAUCGAUGGCCCGUUUUCUACAACCUGGACAAUGUUUGAGGAUUCUGACUGACCGCCUAAGCAGAGCCUGAGGUUUUGUAUCAGAUUUUUGUUUUUAUUUUUUGGCCGGCAAUCUUCUUAUGCUUGAGCAUUUUAGGCUCGCGUGCAUCGUCACUGGAUAGAAUGGCAGAUGUAAACUACUACUCUACAAGAUCGAGGUGUCAGCAUUAGCCGCUGGUACUAACCUGAGGAAGGGGGGACUAAAACUGAAAUGGCACGAUGGUUUCUUCAUCCGUUUGUUGAUCUUCACUGAGUAGAAAUGAUUUGGUUUUUAAUAAAUCAUCAUCUAUUUCAUAUAUGCAGGUAAUUUUCAGGGCAACGCACUGGCUCCGGUUUUGGGCACAGCUACAAAGGUGUGAGGAUGAUGGGGAGUUUCUAAAGGUUGCAUGCCGCAAGUUGAAGUCGAUGGUUAUGCAAUUAUUUGCCAAUUAUGGAUGGAGGUUUACAAAUAGAUUUAAAUAAAUGUGUUCUCCUUAUUUUGGCUUAGUUUCCUCUGUUUUUUGUUUGGUGUCCUAUUUAGCUGAACUACGUUCUUUUCUGGAUUGAUAUAAUGUAAUAAUUGGCUGUAGCUUGUAAAGGCUGGGAUGUUAAAUUCCAUUAUCCCACUAUGUUUUUUUUAGGAACAAAAGUAAUGAACAAUUAUUGAUUGCAGAGGGCAUGCAGACCAGUA